AUGGCGCCGGGCCCUCCCACCGCCUCCUCGUCCUCCCUGCAGUCCGCCCGCAGCCCUCCGCGCCUCGGCCGACGCCGCACCGGCGGCGAUCACCAGCCCCCGCAUCCUCCUAUGGACGCCCCUGUGCCGGAGGCCCCCUCCGGUGCCGCAGCCUCCCCGCCGCCCGGGCGCCGCCGCAGCGGUGAUCAACAGCCCCCGCAUCCUCCUCGGGAGGCCCCUGCGCCGGAGGCUCCCUCCGGUUCCGCGACCUCCCCGCCGCCCGGGCGCCGCCGCAGCGGUGGUCACCAGCCCCCGCAUCAUCCUCGGGAGGCCCCUGCGCCGGAGGCUCCCUCCGGUUCCGCGACCUCCCCGCCGCCCGGGCGCCGCCGCGGCGGUGAUCGCGAGCCUCAGCCUCCGCCCGAGGGGGAGGUAGCAGUAGCAGCGGUGGUUGGGGAAGGGGGCACGUCUCCCCGCCGAUCGUUCCGCAUUAAGCUCCGCCCCCACGUGCGCGUGGUCCCCUGGGAGAAGUCCCCCGUGGCGAGGAGGAAGCCCAAGGUCGCGCCGGAGGCUCCCUCCGGUUCCGCGACCUCCCCGCCGCCCGGGCGCCGCCGCGGCGGUGAUCACCAGCCCCCGCAUCCUCCUCGGGAGGCCCCUGCUUCGGAGGCUCCCUCCGGUUCCGCGACCUCCCCGCCGCCCGGGCGCCGCCGCGGUGGUGAUCGCCAGCCUCAGCCUCCGCCCGAGGGGGAGGUAGCAGUAGCAGCGGUGGCUGGGGAAGGGGGCACGUCUCCCCGCCGAUCGUUUCGCAUCAAGCUCCGCCCCCACGUGCGCGUGGUCCCCUGGGUGAAGUCCCCCGUGGCGAGGAGGAAGCCCAAGGACCCCGCGAAGCCCCCGCCCCCGUCGAUCAAGGCGCUCGCGGCGGAAUGGGCGAAGGAGAAGGCGGCUGCUUCCGGAGCCCCCGAGGAGGAGUGCGUCCUGCCUUUCCUCCAGAAAGGUGCGCCCAGGAAGAAGGAGGUUGAGUGCCUGGUUUGUUCAAAAAGUAUUCCGCGUGGUGACAAGAUGUGUUGUUCAGUUCGUGGUUGCGAUGCAAAGCUGCAUAAGGCUUGUUCUGAAAAAGGUGAUGGAUGCUGUCCUCGACAUGAUGCAGAUCCUAUAGAUGAUAUAGAGGCAGCCUUCCGGCGCUUACCUCUCCCAAGCACUUUCCAAGAGUUCAACAUUGACCCUGUCAAGAAAGAGGAAUUGGACAAUAAUGGGACAGAACCACUUCCGUAUGUACAAAUGAAGCGUAAUCUUUAUCUUGUCAAGAACAAAUGUGGUGAUGAUUCCAUUGAAGGUGGAUGCACAGAUUGUGUCCCGGCUUUUACCUGUAAACUAAGCUGCUCGUGCAGGUCUCUAUUUGUUAGCUGCUCUCGGGCUUGUGACUGCUCAGAUAAGUGCACUAACAAACCAUUUCGCCGAGAGAAAAAGAUUGAGAUAGUUAAGACACAAAAUUGUGGAUGGGGCGCUAGAGCACUGGAAGCCAUUGAGAAAGAUGAUUUUGUUAUAGAGUUUGUUGGAGAAGUUAUUGAUGACAAGGCUUGUGAAGAAAGGCUUGAGGACAUGAGAAAGCGUGGAGAUAAGAAUUUCUACAUGUGUAAAGUCAAAAAAGACUUUGUGAUUGAUGCAACAUUCAAAGGAAAUGAUUGCCGCUUUUUUAACCACAGCUGUGAACCUAAUUGUCAGUUACAGAAAUGGCAAGUCAAUGGCAAGACAAGGCUAGGUGUGUUUGCUUCAAAAGCUAUAGAAGUGGGGGAACCAUUGACCUACGACUACAGAUUCGAGCAACAUUACGGUCCUGAAAUAGAAUGUUUUUGCGGCUCUAAAAACUGCCAAGGGAGCUUGUCUGUGAGUAGUAAAGAUUGAUCAAAGUUAUAUGCUGUUAGGAGGUACAUAGAAGGUCCAAAGCCAUUACAAAUGGCAGUACAUGCAAUAUAUAGUGAAGAUUUAUUCUGAAGCACAUUUAUUCUUUGUUUCAUCAGCUUGUGGAAACAUCAGUCACCAUUACUAUUCAUUGUCUUUAGUACAAAGUCCCAUAGACAAUUUGUUAGUUAACUCCUUCUGAAUUAGGAUUGGAUGGCACUAUCCAUGUACAUAUUUUACUACUAUGUAAAUAUACGACAAACACAUGCUGCAAAGAUUGAUAUAUA